UUCUUUUUGAAUUUAAAAUUUUUAAUCUUUAAUUCUCUAAACUUCAAUGUACACAGAACAGCCUUACUCGCAGAAUUAUCGCCCCUACUAUCCAAAUGCACCACAGCCUGUUGUUUAUGAACAGCGACGUUAUGUAGAGGAUAGAGGUAAUUGUGUUCCGUGUUGUUGUUGCUUCCCUUUCUGUAUACCGAUUCCGUUCUGUUUUCCAUGCGGCGAUUGUUAAAG